GCAACAGACAGCUAACUGAAUCUAUUCUGUAGCCUGAUAAAGAUAUUUUAGAAACGAAUUCUGUUUCUGAUAAAAGAUAAUUCACUUCUUAAUUUAUUUAAAGGGUCUAUAAUGCCCACAAUACUGUGAUUAGCUUUUUAUCGAGGUGUAAUUGGUCUCUCCGGUGUUUUGGAGAUGUUGUAUUUUAUCGGUCUUGGUCUUGGUGAUUCAAAAGACAUCACUGUCAGGGGUUUAGAGAUCAUCCGACAGUGUAGUCGGGUUUAUUUGGAGGCUUACACGUCCAUACUGACCGUCGGGAAAGAUGUUUUGGAGGAGUAUUAUGGUCGUGAGCUGUUGCUGGCAGAUAGAGACAUGGUGGAACAACAAGCAGAUGAAAUCCUAAAAGGAGCAGAUGUCAGUGAUGUGGCAUUUCUGGUUGUGGGCGAUCCUUUUGGAGCCACAACUCAUAGUGACUUGGUCCUUCGAGCAUUGAGUGCCGGGAUACAGUAUCGUGUUAUACACAACGCCUCCAUAAUGAACGCUGUUGGCUGCUGUGGACUACAGCUCUACAACUUUGGGGAGACCGUAUCUAUCGUCUUCUGGACAGACACGUGGAAACCUGAGAGCUUCUAUGAUAAGAUCAAGAAGAACAGGGAUAUGGGCCUGCACACACUGUGCCUGUUGGAUAUCAAAGUCAAAGAGCAGUCCAUGGAGAAUUUAAUGAGGGGCCGAAAGAUUUACGAUCCCCCCAGGUACAUGACUGUCACUCAGGCAGCUGAGCAACUUCUGGAGAUACUGCAAAACCGACGGGAACGGGGAGAGGAGCUGGCAUUGACCGAAGAUACAGUGUGUGUCGGUCUGGCCCGGGUUGGAGCCGAAGACCAAUCUAUCCGUUCUGGGACCCUACGUGAGUUGGCCUCUUAUGACCUGGGAGGACCACUUCACUCCAUGAUUAUCAGCGGACACCUUCACCCUCUUGAGAUGGACAUGCUCAAACUGUUCUGUGGUCCAGACGGAUUGAAGACCUUGAAGAUGACCGAUAGUUCCACAUAUGUGUCUUGAUGUUCAAGAAGCUUGAAGGGACUGUUGUCAUCAAGAAAAUUGUUGUCCACUUGGCAGUGUUCCUCUGGUGUUUCAAUAGAUAUAGAAUAAAACAAGUGCUUCGGGCAGGGACAUUUGGAGGUGUACAACAUUAAAGUGAAGCCCAGACCUGCCAGAGGUUCAGGAGAGCACAAAAAUUACAGAAUUGUUAUUCCAGAUACAUUUUCCCAUUUUAACCUUGAAGCCUCAGUCAGACCAGGGUUGCAUUUUUUUUUUUAACGAGAUGUGUGCCAGUCAUGUUCAUGCUGUCAAAAAAAUAUAACCCAAUUAUAACUGAGGAAGUGGAAAAGUUAUUUUAGAAAAACUACAUCUGGGUUGCAGUAGUGCCUUUGAAAAUGGACGUUUCGUGUAAAUUGGCAUAAUGGAUCUGUACCACAUGGAAUUUUCUCAUUGAGAAUGUAAAGAUGAUGAAAGUAAAUUUCGAGAUUCUUUUGAGUAUGAAUCAGCCAUGUCAUAAUGAGCAAAAAUAGAUUGAUUUUUGUACCAUAAAGACACUCGUGUCAUUGGCAUUGAUUACGUUGUUGCCUGACAUUGGGUUUGAGUGAUUUUAUUGACUUCUGUGGGUUUGUUUGUGCUGUCAUUUCAGUUCAAUCAGAAUAAAUUGCAUAGAAAAUGAGCAAAGGUAAAUGAUG